AUGACUAUAGGGGCAGAAGCCCUCGGGGAGCGGAAGUGGGUCAACAUCCUCACUUCCCAGAUGAUCCCGGACAGCUGUGAAAAGGGAAAGUUUCAGAAGCCGGCAUUGGCAUCGCGAGCAGCCGCCUCGUCACCAGGUUUGCUUGCCGCAAGUCGUUUUGUCCUGGCCAUUGACAUGGAUUGCUUCUAUGCCCAGUGUGAGGAGAUCCGGCACCCCCACUUGAAAGGGAAGCCGGUGGGAGUACAGCAGAAGAUGCUGGUCAUAACGUCCAACUACGCUGCGAGGGCUUUCGGCAUCAAGAAAGGUGACUCCUUGCAGGUCGUCCGAGACAAGUGCCCAGAGAUCACAAUCUGUAAUGGGGAGGACCUUACGUUCUAUGGCGAGCUCUCGCAGCGUGUUUUCGACGUGGCGGCACGCUGGAGCUCGACAGUGGAGAAGCUGGGCCUCGACGAAGUCUUUGUGGAUGUGACAGAGCUCAUCACUGAGCGCCUGAAGGCACUGGAAGACCCGACAGCUCGCCUGCGCUUCGCUGCUGCGGCCCAUGAAUUCCCGGAAGAGCUGGAGGAGGAGAGGGAAAUUGUUCAAGAGAUCCAGCACGGCGAUUGGAAGGGUUUGGACGACCGGGGCCGUUGCUGGGUUCAGCUCAUCAUCGCUGCCUCCAUUUGUCGCGAGAUCCGCGAGGCCAUUUUCUCAGAGGUCGGGCUUACAUCCUCUGCUGGCAUCAGCGUCUCCAAGCAGUUGGCGAAGAUGGUUUCUUCAUGGAAGAAGCCCAGCCGGCAGACCCUCUUUCUCCCGACAGCCGACCGUUUGGCACAUCUACUGCCUGACGACUUAGCCGUGCAAAAAAUUCCUGGUAUCGGCUUUGCUUCGACCCAAAAACUUCACGAGCUGGGCAUCCGGACCAUCGGAGAGAUAGUGUCCGCGAUUGACGCCUGCGGUGCCCACUAUCAACGGCUUCUCACGGAAUUCGAUGUUGGGACAUUGAGGACCAUGAGGGCCAUUUGCAUGGGCAUCGACAAGUCGUUGGUGAAGGCUUCUGGUGCACCCAAGACCUGUUCAGUGCAAGACUCCUUCUGGCAGGGGCCCGUUUGCACAGAGGAGCAGGUCAGGGAGAAUCUCUUGGCCCUGGCGCAGAAGUUGAUCACGAAAGUUCGCAGCGACGAGCGCAUGUAUGGCUAUCGCCCGAUCCCCACUUUCUCUUUGAGCUUGAUGCAUGCCCCCAGCUCGGAGGCUGGUGCAGCACGCAGAGGUCGGAAACAGAUCCAGCUGGGAAGCUUCCAGAUUGCCCGACGCCCUGAAGAGCAGGGCGACGAUGCGCGGCUGCAGGGACAGCUUGCCGACCGUGCCUUCACACUGUUUCGGAAGCUGGUGCCCAAACAUGAGCCUUUCGUUCUGCAUAUCCUGAACUUGCAGGUAGGUUUUGGGGAGGCGCUGGGCGCACAACGCCGCCUCAGCUUCGCGGCCCCAAGCACGGCGCCUGUGUCGCCUGCACUCGGCCCACAAGGUCUGGAGAGAAGCCAGGAGAUUCAUGAGCUUUCCGACAGUGACGAUGUGGAGAAGACGAGGCACGCGAUGGCAAACCCGCCCAGUGCCGUUGUGGAUGCCGAUGCGCUCGCAUCCUUGCUGAACAUGGGCUUUGGGGAGGAACGUGCGCGGCAGGCCUUGGUGAAGUGCGGCGAUGUAGCACAAGCCAUCGAGAUGCUGUUAGUGGGGCCGACAGGUUGUCCAGCGCAUCCCGGCCGUGACAGUUCCCCAGCCGACAAGCGACGGAGACUAAACUGUUCGAUGGGGGAAGGGAACGGAGCCAUUAUCGACUUGCGGGAUUAA